AUGAGUGUGGUGGGUUUUGAUCUGGGCAAUGAGAGCUGCAUUGUGGGGGUUGCACGGCAGCGCGGUAUCGACGUGGUCCUCAAUGAAGAAUCCAAGCGGGAGACCCCGGCUAUUGUCUGCUUUGGCGACAAGCAGCGGUUCAUUGGCACUGCAGGCGCCGCAAACUCUACCAUGAACCCCAAGAAUUCCAUCUCCCAGAUCAAGCGCUUGCUAGGCCGCAAGUUUACUGAUCCUGAGGUCCAGCACGAUAUCCAGUCCUUCCCAUUCCGUGUCUCAGAGGGCCCUGAUGGGUUCCCGCUUGUACAUGCUCGGUAUCUGGGGGAGGAGCGCACAUUCACCCCCACACAACUGCUUGCCAUGGUGUUGUCCAAUUUGAAGGGCAUUGCUGAGGGUAACCUGAACACUGCUGUUAGUGACUGCUGCAUUGGUAUCCCAGUGUAUUUUACUGACUUGCAGCGGAGGGCUGUUCUUGAUGCUGCCACCAUUGCGGGUCUCCGCCCUUUGCGUUUGUUCCAUGAGACCACAGCUACAGCAUUGGCAUAUGGGAUCUACAAGACUGAUCUCCCUGAGAAUGACCAGCUGAAUGUCGCAUUUGUUGAUAUUGGGCAUGCCAGCAUGCAGGUCAGCAUUGUCGGGUACAAGAAGGGACAGCUCAAGAUGUUAUCACACGCAUAUGACCGGUCUCUUGGCGGGAGGGACUUUGAUGAAGCCCUGUUUAAGCACUUUGCAGCAAAAUUCAAAGAGGAGUAUAAGAUUGAUGUCUACCAGAAUGCCCGUGCCUGCAUUAGGUUGCGCGUCGCGUGUGAAAAGCUCAAGAAGAUGCUGAGCGCCAACCCAGAGGCACCAAUGAACAUUGAGUGCUUGAUGGAUGAGAAGGAUGUGCGAGGGUUCAUUAAGAGGGACGAGUUUGAACAGAUCAGUGGGCCAGUACUAGAGCGUGUGAAAGGGCCACUGGAUAAGGCCUUGGCUGAAGCUGGCUUGACAACAGAAAGUGUGCACUUUGUUGAGGUUGUUGGUUCAGGCUCUAGGGUUCCUGCAAUAAUGAAGAUUAUUACCGAAUUCUUUGGAAAAGAACCAAGGAGGACUAUGAAUGCAAGUGAGUGUGUUGCCCGGGGUUGUGCUCUUCAGUGUGCUAUUCUUAGCCCUACGUUUAAAGUGCGGGAGUUCCAGGUUAAUGAAGGGUUUCCUUUUUCAGUUGCUUUAUCAUGGAAGCCAGAUUCUCCAGGCAAUGAAGCCCAACAAACAGUUGUAUUCCCCAAGGGGAAUCCGAUCCCUAGCAUCAAAGCUCUGACAUUCUAUAGGUCCAAUACAUUCGCAGUGGAUGUUUUGAAUGUUGAUACAGAUGAUAUGCAAAUAACACAAAAAAUUAGCACUUACACGAUCGGCCCUUUCCAAUCCAGCAAAGGUGACAAGGCUAAACUGAAAGUGAAAGUUCGUCUCAACAUCCAUGGGAUCGUCUCUCUUGAAUCAGCAACGAUGCUGGAAGAGGAGGAAGUGGAAGUUCCGGUUACGAGUGAGGUGCCAAAGGAUGCCACAAAAAUGGACACAGAUGAUGCUACUGGUACUGAUGUCAAUAUGCAGGAAUCUAAAGGUGCUACAGAUACUGCUGAGGGUGCUGCUGAAAACGGGGCACAGGAUUCUGAAGAAAAAUCUGUUCCAAUGGAUACGGACACAAAGGUCGAGCCAUCAAAAAAGAAAGUAAAAAAAACCAAUGUUCCUGUCACUGAAUUGGUGUAUGGUGCGAUGAGUGCUGCUGAAUUGGAGAAAGCUGUUGAGAAAGAGUAUGAAAUGGCUCUUCAGGACAGAGUGAUGGAAGAAACCAAGGAUAAGAAGAAUUCUGUGGAGGCUUACGUUUAUGACAUGCGUAACAAGCUGUCUGAGAAGUACAAUGAUUUUGUCAUGUCGGAGGACAUGGAAGGGUUGAGGGUUAAGCUUCAGGAAGUUGAGGAUUGGCUGUAUGAAGAUGGUGAGGAUGAGACCAAGGGAGUCUAUGUCGCAAAACUAGAAGAACUGAAAAAGGUUGGUGAUCCUAUUGAAAUGCGAUACAAAGAGUGGGCAGAAAGGGGUCAGGCCCUUGAGCAACUCGUGUACUGCAUCCGCAGUUUUAGAGAGGCUGCAUUGUCUAGUGACCAAAAGUUUGAUCACAUAGACAUAGCAGAGAAACAGAAGGUCGUUAAUGAGUGCUCGAAUGCAGAGACUUGGCUACUUGAGAAAAAGCAGGAGCAAGAUGCUUUGCCGAAGCAUAUUAAUCCUGUCCUCCUUGUUUCUGACAUCAAGAAGAAGGCUGAAGCACUUGAUAGGUUCUGCAAACCGAUUAUGACCAAACCCAAGCCAGCACCCAAGCCACAAACCCCACCACCUGCGGAGAACCCUGCACCUGAGGCCCAAACACCUGAACAACAAUCAAGUGGAGCCAGUGAGGCUGAUGAGCCGGCCAACGAAGGAGCUUCUCAGGAUCAGCCCGCUGCCGAGCAAAUGGAGACUGAUAGAGCCGAGCCAUCCUCCGCAUAAAGACGGUGUACCAGAUGAGUUUGUCUAUGAUCGGUUGCAUUCUCCUCUGGUUGUCUGCUAGGGCAAUGUUUUCCAUACUUUGUGAGGAUUUGUAUUGGAACAUCAAGAGUUCUGCAGUGUUUUAGCUGUCUUUACCCCUACGAGUAGUUUUAUUGAUGGCGAGUUCUCGGAUGAUGCAUGCAGGAUAAGAGCAUCCUUUCAGGUUCUGUCCCUGGUAUCACUGUAAUUUUUAUUGACCAUGGUCCAUAACGUUGUAAUUUUAUUGACGGUGGUCCAUAACGGUUCUGAAUUUUUUUAUCAUUGCAAAAAGAUAUCUUUAAUUCCUGGCUAUUAUGAGGGUGGAAUGUUGUAGAA